AUGGGAUUUCUCAGUUUGUCACGCGAAUCACAUACUCGAUAAACCAUUCCUGUUUGUGAAGUAAACUGUUACUAUGAAGACGGAAUUGUUGUUGCAAUUCACCUUACUCAUAACGAUACUGUUGGUUACGUCGAGUGAAGGAUUCUUCUUUAACUAUCCUAAGAAGCUCUUAUCGAACAUUGUCAAUUCGUUAAAGGGUAAUAUUGAAGCAAAAAAGAAGCCGCCUGGGAUACAACACUAUCACUACCAUUACUAUCCAAUAAUCCAUCCGUUAUCAGGAUCGUUUACAAAGGCGCCCAAGAAACAUGAACUCGAUGAACUCCAUCAAGAUCGUUUGGCUUCACUCGGAUGGUCACAACACGAAUACAAAUAUAUUCCUCAAACGAAAAUAAAAAUUCCCUCAUCGGUAUUAAAUUCGUGGGAUACGGUUAUAGCUGAACCGACUGAUCAUAUCAUUCUUGAAUCAGAUCUCUCAGAAACGAUCGAUCCUAACGAGCAUGAAGGUGUGCUCGUUGAAGUCCCAAGCAACAAAAAAAUCAUCAUUGAAGAUGAUCAUCCCCAUGAUUUUAAAACAUUGAAACAUGAUCUGUUGGCAGCACUUUUUCAUAAAAGCUCAAGCUCUACAAAUCAUAUACAUUAACGAAAAUUGAUGAGAAGCGGAUGAAGAUGCGGAUGUAAUAAUAUUGGCAGCCAGUUUUAUGUUUCAUCCAAAUAUCUCGUUAAGAACAACACAUUUUAACAUUUUCAUUAAGGAAAGAGGUACUUCAAAUUGCCUAAGCAAUCACCCAUUUCCGAGCGUAACGAGAGUUCUGGGACAGUCUGCAUUAGAAAUACGGAAUACGUACAAUUAUAUCAUUUUGAUCAAAAUUUCGAACUUCUAAUCGGUGACAAAUUUACAAGCAUUUACAAUUUUCUAAAAAAAAAUAAUAAUAAUAAUAGCUGUUCUUCAACGAUCUUCAUCAGUUGCUGAUUUUACGAGUUUACAUACUAUAAAUAAAUAAGGGUAAAUCAGUACUACAGUACUACAGUAUUACAGUUUUCAUUUUGUUUCUUUCUGUAUUAGUGAAAAUUACACGUUUAUUUUGAUCAAUUAUACACAUAAGCAAUGUUACAUAAAAUAGUUCAAGUAGCGUGUAGAUUAAUCUACUAAUGUACUAAUGUUUUUUUAUAAACCAUUUUUCAGUAUCCGAUUUUUUUUUGUUUAUUAACAUUAGUUUCUCAUAUUAUUUUGUUUACAAAUAAAGCUUAAGUUUGUUGAA